AUGGCCGAAAAGGAGGCCUCCCCAGCCGAGAGCUCAUCGCCACAUCGCAAUCCCCUCUUCGAGGACGGUGGCCCGUUAUCCGAUCCGCUCGAGAGACGGACAAUAUUCGCAGCCCUCGAUUCUUUCCACCAAUACCGCAAGAACACACACUACAACACCACGCACCGGCGGCGACAGAACUUGUACGCGUUGCCGUCGGCGCAAUGGCAAAUGCUAGCCGCGCCCCCCAUCUCGAUUCUUGACACUCUCAACGCGGUGGACGAUGCUAUCGACUGCAACGGCGAUCUGGCUGACGCCAUCUUCCAGCUAGGACUGACGUCAUUCGGUUUGAGCGAGGAGCAGGAGGAGUCGUCAGCGUCAUCAUCACCGCCCAGCAAAGAAGACCGCCGACGGGAAUGGGAAUGGGACUGGCGAGGGAAAGCUAAAGCCAACGAUCUGUCCAAAGCCCAUUCGACAAUCCGCCAGUUCUACCGCGACUGGUCUGCCGAAGGCUAUGCACUAGAGGUGAAGCCAUUGCUCGACACGAUCCUCUCAGACCUGAAGCGAUAUCUGCGUGACGACGCCGAGGCUCCCUCUCUUCUCCUCCCCGGCGCAGGAUUAGGACGGAUCCUCUUCGAACUCUGCCUGCGCGGGUACAAUGCCACGGGCAACGAAAUCUCGUACCACCAGCUCCUCGCCAGCAAUUUCAUCCUCAACGCCACCCAGUAUGCGGACCAAUACCCCAUCUCCCCGUUCGCGCAUACGUUCACCAACGUCGUCUCCCGAACGAACCAGUUGAGACGCCUCACCGUUCCCGAUGUCCACCCGGCAAGUGCGCUCUCCGCGAAACUCGAGGCCGGCGAGCCCGUCGGCGAGAUGAAUAUGACAGCUGGCGAUUUUGUCUUGUCAUACUCGACGCCAGACUGCAAGGAGACGUUUGACGGAGUGGUGAGCGUGUUUUUCAUCGACACUGCCCCCAACCUGAUUCGAUAUGUCGAGACGGUGAGAAAUUGUUUGAGAAGGGGUGGUGUGUGGGUCAACAUCGGUCCUCUUCUGUGGCAUUUCGAUGAUCGGGUUUCUGGUGGAGGAGGCGACGAAGAGGACGACGGUGACAACGACAAUGACCAUAGAAACGACGCCAGCCAGAGCGGACAGAAGGCUGUUGAUGGACACAAUCGCAUUCACAAUCCUACUGCUCCCCACGACCACGGCUCUCAAACCCACAGCCCCAGCCACAAUCAGGACCAACACCAACACCACGACGAUACCCAUAACCACAGUCACAGCCAUACCCACAGCCAUACCACCACCAUGACCACCGAAGACAAAGGCAUCGCAGAGCCCGGAUCAUUCGAACUCACCGACGAAGAAGUCAUCCACCUAGUUUCGCAACUCGGCUUCGAAAUCCUUCACCACGAAAUCCUUCACGAUAGCAAUGGCAAUGGCAAUGGAUCUAACAACGAUUCCCGCUCCGUAGCUCAGCCCAGCUUCGGGACCGGGCUGGGCUACAUGCAAGAUCCCACGAGUCUACUACAGAACCGGUACCGAUGUAGCCACUGGGUGGCUCGGAAACUGUAA